CCUGAAUGGUGUCGCUUCGGUGUGUGAGCCCCGAGAACCUGGUCCGUGGCUCAGAGUCCUAUUACUGAUACUAAUGGAUCAGGCUUUGGGGGGUCGAAAGUCUGACAAGCUGACAGACACACCACCCACUCCGCCAAAGCUCCCACAACAAGUCCAUCAUGAGCAGCCAAAACACAACAAGGAAAGCUUUGCCCCACAAGGCGACGAGCCAAUCUCUGUUGUUCAUCCAGGCCUGAGUAUUCAUCAGGGAGAUGCUAAACACGAUCAGGAACUAUGCCAAACAGAUUCAAAAGCUGAGCAGCUGCCUACGCAAAGCGGUCAAAGGUGUCAGGAAAGCGAAGAACAGGACAAAACGCUGGAAGAUGAGCUAGACAAACUCAGAAAGGUUGUUGAGAAGCAAAAGAAUAAGUACAAAAAAUAUCAGGAGCAACGCGAACAAGGCAUCCAGGAACUCAAGAAGAAGCUUGCCCUGCUGACGGACCAAAACCGACAACUAGAGAGUCUCAUGGUUGCAAGGCAGGGAAGCGCUCUUCAAGCGAUGGUGUCGAACAAGGGAUGGGCGCCAAUGGAAGAUCGGCUGAUUCAUGAUGAGCUGUCUAAAUUAGCAGGAUAUAUACGCUCCUGGGCAAAACGGCACAGUGCAGCAUCCCCGACUGCUUUACAGGGUAUCCCAGGAGAAGAUAAAGAUAUGAUUAUGAAGGGACUGGGCCAAUACUGUAGUGAGCAUGAUUGGGACUCGCUUGUGCAGAAGAUCCCGAUACCUUCUGGUAAAGUCCAGGCAAUCCUUUUGCAAGCCUUGUUAUCCAAGGUUGUUUUUGAAACGUUAUUUGCGGAUUGCUUCUUUACUUUCACAAGGAUUGAAGAUGAUAACACUACACCUGAGCGGGAUGAAAUGGUAAAGGUGUAUAGUGCUAUGAGACAAGUUGACGAGGCAGCUGCACACGCUUGGCGUUCACAGACUCUGCGAAUCCUCUCUACCGCAGCUGACCCAAAUGCCAUUUCUUUCCUGCAGGAAAGAAUCGAGAGACUUAGUCGUGAGCUUGCGACCAAGUUCCUCACCAGUCUACCCAGUCAUCUUUUCAGUCAGGCCGGAAGAGCCGAAGAUAUCCGCAAACGUGAGCAGGAGCUACAGUCGUUAUUCAAUGGCGCUGCGCAGCUGGCAUUAUCACUCUGGACCCAGCGGCCAUUCAUGGUCUGCUGGACAGAACAUCACAAUUUCGCUAUCAACCACCCCGAAAUGAGCGCCCACCGGCUGCACCAUCUGGACGAAGAUGAUACUAGAUUGGACGGUAAGAAGGUACUCCUUUUCCUUCAACCAGGCAUCCUAGCCUAUGGUACCGCAGAUGGCCAGAAUUACAACCAGCGCAAAGUGUGGGCGCGGGCGACUGUCCUGAUGGAUGAGGGAUCCUAAAUGUUGACAUAAAAUCCAUCCCAUUCGACUACUCUGAAAAUGUCCAGACACACAAGACGCCUUUAUAGGGUAUUUUGUAGAGUGCUAUUUUUGGUUGUUUUGUCAAGCAUCCGGUUUAGUGCGUUGAGUGAGGUCAACCUUGCGAGGUUC